AUGAGGUUCCCGGACAUGUCGCGACAUCGGCGUGAAUCAACUUUGGAUAUAAACAAGGCCGCUCGUGAUAGUGAAGACAAUCGUCGAGCUUUCACUCAUUCCAUCUUUUACGGGGCUGGCGGUGCAAUGUCCUUAUGGGCUGGAAAAGAAAUGGUCCAAGCUAUGGUUUACUUCAAGACCAUACCUGCUGAUGAACGAGCUUUUGGAAUUACUGAAGUAGAUACGAAAGAGAUUCCCGAAGGAGAAACAAAGAGAUACAACUUUCGAGGAAAACCUGUUUUCGUGAGGCAUCGUACGAAAAACGAGAUUGAAAGGUGCGAGAUUGUAUUUUUUAGAGCUUGA